CUUCCGAGAGACCCUGUUUCAUCGCGCGUUCUCACCGUGAUACAUCGAUCCCAGCGAUUUUCUCCCCUCUUUACAAAGACCUUCUACAUUCGAGCCGAGCGCUUUUGGAGCGUGUGUGUGAUCUGAAGAUGGGCAAGUCACAGUCGAAGUUGUCCCCCUCCCAGCUGGAAGAACUCCAAAAGGCCACGCAUUUCGACAAGAAGGAACUUCAACAAUGGUAUAAAGGAUUUCUGAAGGACUGUCCGUCGGGGACACUCACCAAGGAGGAAUUCCAGAAAAUUUACCGGCAGUUUUUCCCUUUUGGCGACCCGUCGUCAUUCGCAAAUUAUGUGUUCCGCGUGUUCGACUCGGAUAACAGCGGCAUGAUCGAUUUCAAAGAGUUCAUCUGUGCCUUGUCGGUCACGUCGCGCGGCAAGAUGGAGGACAAGCUGGACUGGGCCUUCCAAUUGUAUGACAUCGAUGGUGAUGGCAAGAUCACGUAUGACGAAAUGUUGGCGAUCGUUGAGGCGAUCUACAAGAUGGUGGGCUCCAUGGUCAAAUUGCCCGAAGACGAGGACACGCCGGAGAAGCGGGUGCGCAAGAUCUUCCGCAUGAUGGACAAGGAUGAGAACGGCAGUCUCGACAUGGAGGAGUUCAAGGAGGGCAGCAAGCGGGACGAGACCAUUGUCAGCGCGCUGUCGUUGUACGAUGGGCUGGUGUAGGGAUAGAUCGGCCAACGACUACAACGACACUAUCACUUGCUGCUGUCUAGUUGGGCGGGCCGGUCGCAUUA